CAGGAGCAGGAGCAGGAGCAGGAGCAGGAGCAGGAGCAGGAGCAGGAGCAGGAGCAGGACCAGGAGCCACCCACACCGCGAGUGUGCAGGUCUUCUUUGCCACCGUCGUCCAUCCUCAACGCAGCAGCUGCACACCAGACUCCGAUUUGUUUACUCCUCUGCGCUAAACCGGCCCCAAUCUGAGCAUGUGGAGCAAAGACGCGGAUGAGCACGCCGCCGAGCAUCUCGCGCCUUUUGAACGCGAUCCCACUCGGGCCAAAUCGCGAGAAGGCUUCGUGGGAAAAGGCAGCGACGCGAACACGACGCCACCGGGGAGCCUUGAUGGACGGAGCGGGGAACCGCACCUCCAUCGAGCGAAGCGGGCCCGGGUGGAGAAUAUCAUCAGCUCGCCCGGCUGGGAGACGAAACGAGACCCGGUCCGAAGACCCGAGGUCGGCCAGAAGCGCCAUCUGUCCGAAACACUUACAGAGCGGCGACCGCCGACGUGGAACUGCUCACCGCGCACGACUCCGAGGGCAAACGUUUCACUCGAGCCCGACAAAGUCGUGGCCGAGGUUUUGAAGUACGAACUAUCCAGAGCCGUGAGUCAGAGCGUCGAUUCCGUUUUCAAAAGCAUGUCGCUAAUACGGACCGCGGAGUCCUUUCUAAAUGCUCCUAAGUUAUCGGGUCGCAAAGAGGCACGGGUCCUCGACGUUCAAACUGAGGCGCUUGCUCUGGUGGUACAAAGACCUCACGUGGACGAAUUUGACCGCAUCAGAUCAAACGCUUACAGACGAAGCCACGAUUCCAAACUGCGACAAGACCGGGAAUCGGACAAGGCUCCGAAUUCUGACCGUCGCGACACACAAGAAAGACGCUCAGAGUCCGAAUCCAGGCUAGCCAGACCGGACGCGGCGUGGAACGCGGGCAAAGUCCGAUCCCGGGUCCGGUCCGGAUCCCCGAGGAGCCCGUCGACUGGCGUGACCGCCGUGGAUCCGAUGCUUUCGGACGGUCUUUGCUUCCGGCGCGUCGAGAUCGAGUCGAGCGGCCUCCUCAAGAAUCACCUUUACGUCCCGAAUGAGGGGCUGACCACCAACCAUCUGAAAAAAGCCAAGCUGAUGUUCUUCUACACGCGCUAUCCGAGCUCGCCGGUGCUGAAGAUGUGUUUCCGUGACGUGCAGUUCACACGCUGCAUCGCCUCCCAGCUCAUCAAGUGGUUCAGUAACUUCCGGGAGUUCUACUACAUCCAGAUAGAGAAGUUCGCACGCCACGCCGUCGCGGCCCACCCGGGGGCGCUGUCUGUGGGGAGAGAGUCGCAACUUUUCAGAGCCCUCAACGUGCACUACAACAAAAGCGGUGACUUCCAGGUCCCCAAUCGCUUCCUUGAAGUGGCCGAGAUUACAUUGCGGGAAUUCUACACUGCCAUUUCCACGGGCAUGGACGGAGAUCCGUCCUGGAAGAAGGCCAUCUACAAGGUGAUCUGUAAGCUGGACGCUGACGUUCCAGCUCAAUUCAAGACUUACGGAUGAGGACCGGCUAUAGACUACUGUACAUCUGGUUUGCCACAACGGCUCUUGUCACAAUGUGGACUUACUCGUGCCUUUGUCAGCAAAGUGCUUUUGAUUGGGAGCACGAACAAGACAGUACUCUGACAUUUUAGCUAAAAACAUGACUCGAAAGCUCCAAUCUCCAAGACUUCCUGUGGACUGGGAAGAAAACUAUUUUUGUACAAUAUACUUUAGACAGAUUCUGGGCCCUGAGGGAAAAAAAAAAAAAAUGUAAAAAAAAAAAAAAAAAAAAAUCCGGAGCAGUUUAUUUGCUGCAAUAAAUUUUUUAGG